GCCGCCCGAGGAGGGGGACAGACCCGGAAAUGCUGGGGCUGCUGGAGAAGCUCCCGCCGGGACGGGCCCUCGAGUUCCUUCAUAAAAUAAUUGACGGCAUAUGUGGCCGCGCCUAUCCUCGGUACCAGGAUUAUGGCAGCAUUUGGAGUUUGUCGGAGUGGAUGGAGGUUUUGGAAGAAACAGUAACGUAUUUCAAAGCUGCAGUUGGCAAAAGCCUAUCUGAUGAAGAGGCUGCUCAGCAGAUAAAUGAGUUAAAUCCAAACUAUCAAGAAGCAAUCACAAAAUGUCUGAAGGGCAGAAAGGAAGAAAUCAGGAAUGCACUAUUGGAAAGAGUAAAUGGAAUCUCUUCUGCCCAGCUGCAAGAUUUUGACUGGCAAUUAAAGCUUGCUCUCUCCAGCGAUAAGAUCUCCAUGCUGCAAAUGCCACUUCUCAAUCUUGAUUUGGACGUGAGAGAAAAUGGUGAAAUUAAACCAAUUUCUAUAGAGAUGAAUAAGGAAGAGUUGCAGAACCUUAUAAAUGCACUGGAAGCCGCUAACAAGGUUGUCUUGCAACUGAAAUGAUGGAAUUCAGAUUAUUGACAGUAUCUCCUGGUGGUGACUCCCCCAUUGAUGUGGAAAAAAAGAAAGAAGUUCUCUUCAAAACCAAAAGUUGAUGCUGUAAAAUACUGAAGUGAGAAGGCUGUCAUGACUUGUGACCAAAUAAACUACUAAUCCUUUGAUAAAAAAAUAAUAAAAUCUUGUAUUAUCUGUUUGACCAAAAACAUAAAAAUCCAAUGUAAGUUGCUUUUAGUACUAAAGAUUUGUAGAACUAUAGAAAAGUAUCAUUUAUGACGUGUGCCAUAUUUGUUUUGCUUAAACUCUGGCAGUGACUGCACAGGACCCUACUAAAACUAAGGUGUCUUACUUGCAUAAUGUUACCUUUAUCUAAGGUGCUGUGAUGAUGAAGAACGUGAUAGAGUACUUGUAGCAUUAAUGUAUUUAUACUUGUAAAUAGUAAAUAAACACUUUAUUUUGUGUGUGAA